CAGAAGUAGUAGCAGCAGCGGCAGCGUAGCAGCAGUUAUGGCUUCGAUCGUGAAGAAAAUAAUCAACACUGCUAAGGCUCCCGCUGCUCUGGGUCCCUACAGCCAAGCAGUGCUGGUAGACCGGACAAUGUACAUUGCAGGACAGAUAGGUAUAGAACCUUCCACCGGGCAGCUUGUCUCUGGAGGGGCAAAGGAAGAAGCUAAGCAGGCUCUAAAAAACAUGGGAGAAAUCCUGAAAGCUGCAGGCUGUGACUAUGGCAAUGUUGUGAAGACUACGGUUUUGAUGGCAGACAUGAAGGACUUCAAUGACAUUAAUGAGAUUUACCAACAAUUUUUCAAGACAAACUUUCCAGCCAGAGCAGCGUAUCAAGUUGCCGCUUUGCCAAAAGGUGCCCGAGUUGAGAUUGAAGCUGUUGCCGUUCAGGGACCUCUCCAAGCCUGACUAUAAACAGAGACUGAAUAUCCUCCAACAGCAGUCUUCAGAUUUAACACUUCUCCCUAACAUCCUAUUUCUACAAUUGACAGCAGUUACGUGCAGUUGGAAUCACUAAACUUACUGAGGAAAGGUGCUUUCUUCUGAAUUGUGGCCUUGGAUUCUCAAAAAUAAUAAAUUUGCAGUGAGUUCUGUGCAGGCAAACCCUGAAACCUCCAGGAGUCCUGCUAAAAUCAGCUGAGCUCAAUUGCAGGACGGGGCCUUUACUUUGUGGCGGUGACUGGAUAUUCAGAUAUUAAAUACAGGUUUGGGUGAACAUGACAGUUAUACUGUGGGUCAUCUGGACAUGGAAAACUGUAAUGAUUUGUAACAGCAGGUUUUUAGUAAGAAUUUCAAAUAAGAAAAAAAUGACAAAUGGUAAACAGUAGAACACAAAUUACUUACUCUAUAUAUUUUCACUUAGGUGUUUUGGGGAAUUUUGCUGGAUUAGUUUCUGAACUGUCUUAAAGUCUUUCUUUACAGAAUAGAUUACAGUUGGGACUUUUUUUUCAUAUGGAAGCAAUUACUUAAAAAAGUUAAUAUUAAUUUCAGAAAAAAGAAAAUUAUGCUUUUCUGAAACAAAGUGCUAACUUUAUAAAUCAGCUGUAAAUUAAUCUCUACGUGUAACCUUUUUCAUAAUCGUUUUCAUAGAAUUCAACUUUUACUAGCUUUUGAUUUAAAAAAAAAAAACUAAAACCCAACUAAACACCAAAAAAUAAUCCCAUUUCAUGACAAUAAAUGAUAAUUGCAUCUGUAAAAUUGUGUUUGUCGAUUCUGGGAACAAACUUUUCUUGGUUAUGCUUUGAUAUUCCAUUACAAAAAAAAAAUAAAUCCCUAUCUUGCUUCUUCAAUAA